AUGGCACGAGGAAACGGUAGCAGGUUCAGCUUUGCGCGAUUGCUUGGUUGGAACCGACAUCCGCACCAUGAGGGCAACUGGAGUAGUCUUCAUGAGUCUCGCCGAAGAUUAUUGCCAAUUCACGGGGACUCUCACAUCGAAUCUGCUAUUCCUGCCGCCGAAGUCACCAAAGUCGCAUUGCGUUUGCGCUAUCUGAUAGAAGAGAGUGUUCCAUGCGAGCUAGAGGAAGACCAGAUUACCCGUCCCCACAGCAAGGUCAUCACCAAGAACGUUGUGCGGGCUGCAAAAGAGGCAGGUGGUGCUGAGUACAAGGCAUGUGUGGUCUAUUGUCUUCUCGUUGUAAAACGUUGGUUCAAGCACCAGGGUAUUGUCGAGUUAUGGGACGCCGACCUGCACGAUCUCCGGGCUACGGCUUGCGAGGUGAUUGCGAAGCAGAUAAUCGAAGCUGAGGAGGACAUGGGCUACCUCAUGCACUCUGUUCUCUUGAAGCGCUACUCCAUUGUUGUUGACGAAGAGGACACACCACCUGUUAAUGUCAUCGAGAAAGCUGUCGACCUCCACGCGCUUCGCGUCAUUGGCGCAUCAGGCUACCAGAGAUGUAUCAGCUACCUCUGGAAGGGAUGGCUAGUCCAAGAUGAGGACGACCCUGCUAGUUUUGUUGAUUAUAAGGGUCGAGACGAUACGCGACUUUGGCCUCAUCUUGACCCCGAUCGUAUGCGAGCACCAAUGCACCAAAAUGCAGCCCAGUUAAUCAUUUCUGUCAUAUACUUGGCCUUGUACACUGGUGCUAUCAACACCAUCAACCCUAGUGGUGAUCUCGAUUUUGUUGAGAUUCUACUCUACAUCUUCACUUGUGGCUUCAUAUUUGACGAGGUCACGAAAUUCUGGAAAGCCGGCUAUCACAUUAUUGGAUUCUGGAAUGUCUUCAAUGGUUGCCUCUAUUCGCUCCUGAUAGUCUCUUUCGUCAUGCGCAUCGUUGCAUUCAGCCAUCCGUGGGGUGAUGGAGGAGACAGCGAUUCGAGACAGCAUUUCAAUCAACUGAGCUACAGCUUUCUUGCAUUCGCUGCUCCUCUGUUCUGGGCACGCUUGUUGCUCUACCUCGAUACGUUCAGGUUCUUUGGGGCUAUGCUUGUAGUACUCAAGGUCAUGAUGAAGGAAUCCGUCAUUUUCUUUGCAUUGCUAAUUGUCCUCAUUAUCGGAUUUCUACAGGCUUUCAUCGGUCUAGAUUUUGCAGACGAUAUGGCAGCUGAUGAUUCACUUUUCAUCAUCCAGGCUAUGGCCAACGCAAUCAUGCAAAGUCCCGAUUUCAGUGGCUUCGAACGGUUCAGUCCGCCUUUCGGGAUUAUUUUAUACUAUCUCUUUACAUUUGUCGUCAUGGUAAUUCUCCUCAAUAUCCUCAUUGCUCUUUACAACAGCGCCUAUGAGGAUAUCUACGAGAACUCAGACGAUGAAUUUCUCGCCCUCUUUUCGCAGAAGACGAUGCAGUUCGUUCGGGCACCUGAUGAGAAUGUAUACAUUGCGCCGUUCAAUCUGAUCGAAGCAUUUCUUCUCGUCUUACCUUUUGAAUGGUGGAUGCCGAAACAGCAAUACGAACGUCUAAACGAUAUCGUUAUGGCUAUUAUUUACUCGCCUAUCUUGCUCAUCGCCGCUAUCUUUGAGGUGCAGACUGCCAAGGACAUCCGCCAGAAUCGCUCGAGGGGCGACGAAGAUGAUGACACUGUCGAGGAAUGGGAGCAGAUGUCCAACCAAGUGGACUUCGAAGGCGAGGGCUGGACCAAGAAGGUAGCUGAAAGCAAAGCCAACGUCGAGGAAGAGCCAGCUGUUCUUGAAGUUCAAAAGCUGAGAGAAGAAGUUAACAAACUAAAAGAGUUAUUGGAGGGUGUGGCCAAGGCUUUAGAGAAGAAAGAGAAUGGUGAAAGCCUGAUUUGA